AUGCCAUCCGAUAACCCAAAUUCCAUUCCCACGCUCGAAGAGAAGCACAAUGGUGUACCAGCGCGCCUGUUACAUAAAGCGCAUCGCGCAAAAGGGCUCAUCCAAGAUAUUGCGACCAAGCAGAUCCGGCCGAGACAAUGUUUGCCCGUGAUACCACAAGGAAUCGAGCGAUCGCGGUUUUUCUCGGCUAUUGAUGAACUAUCAAGCCAGCUGGGCAAUGAAAACGUCGAAAUCAAUGAUAAACCGCUUGAUGAUGGAUGGUACAUGGAGCCUCCCAAUACACAUGACGGAAUGGCUAUCACAGACGAGGAAGAACUAGUCGCUUCUGCGGUGGUCUAUCCGGGUAGUACGGAAGAGGUACAGAAGAUCGUACAAUGGGCGAACAAGUAUCUCAUUCCUUUACAUCCCAUUUCAAUGGGCCGAAACUUUGGUUAUGGCGGAGCGGCGCCACGCGUGCGUGGGGCUGUCGUGAUCGACCUCGGGAAGCGCAUGAACAAGAUUCUCGAUAUCAACCCCGACGACAGUACCUGCCUGGUGGAACCAGGUGUAUCCUAUUAUGGACUAUACGAAGAAGUGCAGAGGCGUGGCUACAAGCACCUCUGGAUUGACGUUCCUGACCUAGGAGGUGGCUCCGUGCUAGGGAAUGCCCUUGACCAUGGAGUUGGGUACACACCGUAUGGAGACCAUUGGGCAAUGCAUUCCGGCCUCGAGGUUGUCACACCCACCGGCGAGGUGGUCCGGACAGGGAUGGGCGCCCUACCAGGGAAUAACACUUGGCAGGUGUUUCCUUACGGCUUUGGUCCUUUCGUCGAUGGCAUAUUCUCGCAAUCGAACUACGGUAUUGUCACCAAGAUGGGAUUCGGUUUGAUGCCAAAUCCAGGUGGCCACGAAAGCUUCCUGUAUACCUUUGAGAAAGAGGAGGAUUUGGAGCAACUCGUGGAAAUAGUACGCCCUCUGCGGAUUGCUAUGAUCCUUGAAAAUACGGCAAACAUCCGUCAUGCGUUGCAGGUUCUCGCCCUAUCGGGAAAGCCUCGAUCGGCAUUUUAUGAAGGAGAAGGCGCUUUCCCUCGUGAAAAAAUGAACGAGUACCUGAAAGACCACCCUUAUGGAGCAUGCACCUGGUUAUAUUUCGGUACAUGCUACGGGCCCAAGGAGGCACGCCAGCUGAAGCUUGAUAUCAUCCACCGCGAAUUCAUGAAAGUUCCUGGUGCAAGACGGAUUGACCCAGCGGUGUUACCGCCCAGCGAUUAUUUCUGGUCUCGCGACAAGAUUGCAAGCGGGGAGCCAGACCUGGAAGAGCUUGCUUGGGUCAACUGGUGGCCUAAUGGCGGACAUGUUGCUUUUAGUCCCGUGGCGCCUACUCGUGGCGCCGAUGCGCUGCGAUUGUGGCAGAUGGCCAAGAAACACUGGAUGGCAUCUGGGCUAGACUUCUUCCUUGACUUCGUCGUUGGAUUACGCGAGCUCCAUCUGAUUGUGGAGUGUGUGUAUGACCGGGAUGACCCUAAGCAGCGCUCCACCGCACUGAAGGUAAUGAGAUCCCUCAUUGACGAAGGUGCGAAGGAAGGGUAUGGUGAGUAUCGUACGCAUUUACUCUUGAGUGAUCAAGUUGCAGGAACUUACUCCUGGAACGAUAACGCACUCAUGAAAUUCAACGAAAAGCUGAAGGACUGCCUCGAUCCCAACGGAAUCCUGGCACCAGGGCGGAGUGGCAUCUGGCCCGCAAGAUACAGAGGAAGGGGCUGGGAAAUCACUGGAGGGAAGAUAUCGUCUGAGGGUGAUGGAGUAACCCCGCCAUCAGCGACCACGAAGCUGUAA